UUUGUUGAGUCCUUACAUAAAAGGUGUUGAAUUUGUUUUCAAAAUCUAUAAAUGUAAAGCAUUUCUUUAUAUUUUUACUCUCUAAAUGCCCCCCAAAUGACAACAUUUCCUCUGGUGCUGUUUAUGAGUGUUUAAUGGACAUGCAGCUAUGUCUGGAUGUGCAACACUGAGGUCCAGUUCUGUGUUAACUCAGAUCAAACUUCUACUAGAGUAUUGUUUACAGUCAUGCACAGUUUCACCUAAAGGGUCUGACUUGUGUUUGUUUCAAGCACAUUGUUCUUUCUUUUUGCACAUUGAUGCAAACUGGAAAUGUAAGGAGCACAUGCUGUAGAACUGUGAAACCGACUUUUUCAUUGUCUUGUACUCAUUUAACAUAAAACAUUUUGUGGUUUACUUUAUGUUGGUCUACUUUUGUUUGCUGGGUGGAAGAAAUUUCAAAGUCAAUCUUGUUGCUAAAGUCUAAGAUGUCUAAUUAUCUAGUUUGUUUGUCAGCAGUUGAUGGUAAAACGUUAUUAAAACAUAUUUGAUAUUUUAGUUUGAGACACACCCACAUUAAGUUCUCUGUAGCUGACAUCCUCUUUUACAGAACAAGGAAGAAUAAACACACCUUUCAUUAUCUGCUUUACUUUGACCUUAAGUCAGAGUGGAUCUGAUGUUCAGGUGAAUUUCAGCUGAUUUAAAGCAUUUCUACUCUGUUUCCCUGCUAAUCUGAUUAAAGAUGAAGGAGGACCAUCAGAGCCUGAUGUCUGCAACCAUGGUGAUGGUCCACAUGUUACUGAGUGUCUUCUUCCUUCCAGAUGUUUGGGCUGCUGCUGAUUAUUGUGGUGGUCUUAUACCAGCAUUCAAAAUCACUACACCAAAUAUGAUGGAAGCUCUGAAUGGAUCAUGUUUGCUAAUCCCUUGUAGCAUUACACCUACUACAUUUGUCAUCAGCAAACAAAGCUCUGGAUUUUGGAUUAAAGGUGAUAGUUAUAUUUACUACAGCGGUAAUUCAGUGAAAUCAUUUCCGGUAACAAUCACUGGAAACCUGACUCAGAGAGACUGCACCACUGUGUUUUCUGACCUAAACACGAGUCAUUCAGGUGCAUACUUCUUCAGAAUUGACAGCUCAUCUAGCAAAGGUACAGCUUGUGCAGAUCCUCUACAAAUAACAGUUAAAGAUUCUCCUUGGAGACCCAGGAUUAACAUCUCAGGAGGUCUGGAGGACAUGAAGGAGAAGGAGUCUGUCUCUAUAACCUGCUCAGCUCCGACUCCCUGUCCACUCUCACCUCCUGAACUCACCUGGAACCUCCAACCAGACUCUGACAGACAAACACAGAAGAACCCAGAUGGAACCUCUACAACUAAAAUCCAGGAGAACAUGACUCUGUCAGACACACAUGAUGGAUACAACAUCACAUGCUCUGUCUCACACCCUGUGGAUGGAGGAAAACGUCUGAAUACAACAGAGACAGUGACUCUUCUUGUUUCCUAUGCUCCUAAAGACACCUCAGCAUCCAUCAGUCCAUCAGGUUUGGUGUCAGCAGGUAGCUGGGUGAAGCUGAGCUGCUCCAGCAGAGCCAAGCCUCCCGUCAGCAGCUUCAGCUGGUUCAGGAACAGCUCAAAGGGACCCGUUCAAGUAUCUGAGGAGCAGCUUUACAGCUUCAACGUCUCUGAGGGAGGAGAGUUUUACUGCGUGGCUGCAAAUAAUCUGGGGAAUCAGACGUCAUCAUGGAUCAAACUAAGACUUACCCAAACUGGUGACCUCAACAAAUCCUGGGAGGCAACUCUGGGUGGAGUCCUCGGAGUGGUUCUCAUCUGUCUGACUGUUGCUGUUUGCUGCUUUAAGUGUAAACAUCAAACUCAACAACAGAGUCAGAAUCCAUCUGCUGAGAAGGCCUCAGCAGAAACACCAUCCAAAGAAGCACAACUUCAUUAUGGAGAUGUGAACAUCUUCAAGGUAAAAGCAUCCUCUGAGCCAAAGCAAGGCACGGGACAGCAGGAACAGAAAGAGACGGUGUACGCAGAGGUUAAAGCCUCCAAAGAGACUGGUGACAGUCCAGAGGAUCUCUACUCAAAAGUAAAAUAAGAUAAACAGUCUAGAUGUUCAUUUGUGUUGCAGACAGAGGAAAUUCAGGUUCAGGUUUUAAUAAAAAAAAUAAACAGUUUAAUAUAAAAAUGUAAUCAUUUUAAAUUUCCUAAUGAAAUUUCUGACAAUACUUUCAACUUAUCCGUUGUUUUGUGUGCAAAUGUAUGUUUUUUUUUAUCUGCUGCUGUAACAAAUCAAGUUCCCUUUAGAGAUCAAUAAAAUAUCUGUGUUUGCAUCUGCUGUCCACUCGUAUCUUGGGGUAGUGAGAUGCUGCUGCCCCUUGUGGUGGCUUAGACACAUAGCAGGUUAAUUACUAGAACUUUCCAGUGGCAGUAGCAAAGGUAACGCGUUUUUUAAAUAAACCAAAUGGCAAAAUGGAAAAUACUAAAACUUAAUCCACGCUGGAUAAUUAAGCAAUAUCACACUCGAGGUCGUGCGUUGUUGCUGAAUAUCAGCACUGGUGUGAUUCGGUCGUAGGCUCCGCCAACACAAAUAGUCCCAACAUGAAACAGAGACUCAGACAAGGCUGUUGCUAGGCAACACAAACAUUUUCUACAAUGAUGGUUAGAAUGCCUGUGCACAGCGGAGUGAUACUGUUUGUUAACAGUCCCAGUGCUAUCAGCCCUCUUGGAAAGUCUCUUGACCAAUCAAAUCACUCGGUUGGGACUAACUGUUGUAUAAUCAAGUUUAUAUUCAAGUUAGCAUUAUCAUUGUAGCACAGCUAGCAGCUAAAAGGGCAACGUCUUCAGCCUCUUGAGUAACUUCAGUCUUACACAACAAACAAGUAAAUAAAUAAACAAUUCCUGCAAGUUUCAUAGUCAAUAGAUGUGAAUGAAUGAGUCGGACAUGCUAACUUUAUUUACAAGACAGUAUCGAUGCAACAGAGAAAGUGCAGGUUUGUUUGUUUAAUCAUUGAGUCAGCACAGGAUUACAGAGUUGCAGAAUGUUGUACCUUCACAAGUAACGUUGUGCAAGACCGAAAUUAACCAAACCGAGGCUGGAGAUGACCUGAGAGAAGAAAAAGGAGUAAAUCCUCAUUUUACAUGUUUCACGAAUAGCAGACACA